GACUGCAUCUAUUCGCAAUUACUAGCUUCAAUCAAGUCCCCUUCUUAGUCGCGCUAAAAUGAUUCGUUUUGUCACAGCCGUUGCAGUUUUCAUCGCCUUGCUAGCUGUUGCAGCUUCCUACCCCACAGGUGAUAACUCAACAGAUGAAAUCUUAGUUGAGAAAUUGGUUGCGAAUAAUAUCACGGUCUUGGAGGCGCAAGAUUCUUCAACAGAGCUGGUACCAGAGUUACAUAAAGGAACCCACGCAUUCAAAAAAUGUUAUGGAACACAAGUAUGCAGUGAAUGUUUAAUAGCCACACGGAGGCUUGAACGACAUUGUAAGAAAUGUAAGACUAUUAGUCUCACCUUUGACUUCCCUGAAGAAGAACCUGAGGUGCUAUCUCCUAUAACGUAUGCUGAAAUUGUUUGCAGACAAGAUUCUAAAUGCAACUCCAUACACAAAGUCAAGUUUUGCUCAAAACGAGUUAAAAUUAAGGUUAAAGCCUUGAGGGCUAAAUUUCUGAAAUGUACCUUAAAGGUUUAUACUGCGUAAUUGUAAGUUGAAAUAUAUUAUCAAGAAAUGAAUUAAAUUUCUGAAAUCG